GUUGUACGAUGCGGAGCACCAAAGCAUGUUUACUGCUGCUGGGAUUGCAGUUGCUCAUCAGUGGAGUCUGGAUGGAGGAGGCAAAUGAUUGGCCAGAUCCGGAGUUGGAGAUGGAGCUGCAACGACAGACAGACAAAUUGACCUAUUGUCGUGCAUUGCAGCGCUUGCAGCUGCAGCAAUAUGAGCAAACCAGCUGCCUGAACAUACAAGAAGAUGAGCUAACGAUGACCGGGGAGCUGUUGAUGGACUCGCCACAGCGCUGCUGGUGGGGCUGGGAGCUAUUUGGUAGACGUUGCCGCAAGCGUGCCUGAGUGUCUAUCGUGUAUUAAUCCAUGCUUAGCCAUUACAAUGCAUUACAAUUGUUAACGCAAUUGA